AUGUCACUUGCCAAUUUGCUGAGAAAUAUUGCUUAUCAAGGAGAGAAGUUAGAGAAUUUCCUUGGGAACGACACGCCUUCUCUCUUCGAAACUGCUGCGUGGAAGUACGACGAUGAAUUACUGCCGCGCGAAGCAUGGGAGGCGUCGCAAAUGUUGAUGGCAGACUGCCAACAACUGAUAGCGCUUCUCAUACCAAGAAAACUGAAGUUGAUGUACGAGAGCAUCUCAAACAAUGCGGCAGUGGCGUUGGAAGUUGCGUGUGACCUAAAAAUUGCCGACAAGAUUGCUGAGAAUGGUGGAGAGAUGACAUUAACUCAGUUGGCCAGAGCCUGUGAAACCAAUGAGCACAAACUUGGAUGUACCAUGCGAGUAUUGACUCACCGCCAUGUCUUUAUGGAAGUCGCACCUGAUGUCUUCCGAAACAAUCGCCAUAGCACAGAGUUGAUAUCUGGAAACGGGGCGCGAGAAUGCUGUUUGCUCGAGACUCAUGAUGCCUAUAAGGCAGGGCCGGCCUGGCUUACCAUCAUGAAAGACCCAAAACGGAUGCACAGCAUUGACGCAAAGGACGGAGCAUUCGCUGAAGUGUUUGGCAAGAGUGUCCUCGAAUACAUUUUCACACCCGAAGGUGCCACCUGUAUGACGAACAUGACUGUUGGAGUACCGUGGAUGUCAACCAUCACCGUGGCAGCCACAUGUUUCGACUUACCAUGGGACAGCUACGGAUCGACAAUCUGUGACGUUGGCGCCGGCUUGGGUAGUGUGAUGCUUGAGGUCAAGAAGACGUUUCCGUCCUUGAAUGUGAUAUGCCAGGAACUCGAGCACAUGAUUCCAGUCUUGCAGAAGACUUUUGAAGGCUAUGAAAGUGAAAUGGAAAGAGGAGAAAUAAAGCUCGAGGUGCAUGACUAUUUCACUCCUCAAGAAACUGUCGCCGAGGUUUACUGGCUACGUGGCGUUAUGUAA